CAUGACUUCUGGACUGCGCUCGGGGGAUGUCGUCACCCAUAGCACUCAAUCACUGCCCUUAUCAACUCCCAACAGAUGCUAUUUCCAAUAUUGGUACGGAGCACGGAGCAAAUAUCUGUUAGGGGCCAGUCAGAAACCAAAUGGAAGUCUUCAUGCGUGCAGCAUUGCUCUUCACUGUACGUAGUACUUGGGGGCAUCUAGAAGCGAUCGCUUGACUGGAGGACUGCCUAAGUGAAAUCUCUCCCCUCACUGCCAGCUUCACUGCCCAGGUGCUCAGAGAACACGCCCCCAGAAUAAUUGUCCCGGUGAGGCGACGCUGAUUGGGGCGUCAUUCUCCAGUCAACUCCCGCAUCACGAACGCGACUCUCUUUUUCACAGUCUUCCAUCUUCCGGAACCACGGCAUCACUCUCAACCAGACCAUCGUGAGCUCGCAAGGAGAUGGCACGAAGUAUCAAUGGUCGCGAUCAGUCUGGCGAUGAUCCGGCUUCCUCGUUCGCAGGCCCCGCCAACUCGCAGUUCGAUGCAUCAUCCUUUAACUUCCCUAUCGACACCCAGCUGGCUGCCAUGAAUCCAAAUUAUGGCAUGUCGACCUAUCCACGAGAUCUGGACGAUCCUACUGCAUCACUGGCUCACUCUGGCGCAGCACAGCUGAAUAGCCUUGCGACACCUUCCAACGGCGCAGAUGCCUCCAUGGCCCCCCCUCAGACACCCAACCAAGCGUCCUUCAUGUCUACGCGCAAGAGCGUCGACGGUCUGUCUGAUGCAAUGCAAAUUCCUCUGACUGGGGACAAGAGAAAGCGGUCAAAGACAUCACGCGCAUGCGAUGAAUGUAGAAGAAAGAAGGUUCGAUGCGAUGCGCCGACUGAAGCUGAUGGCACACCCAAAACCUGUACAAACUGUCAGAAAACUGGAGUGACCUGUGAAUUCGAACGCAAGCCUAUGAAGCGUGGACCGUCCAAAGGUUACAUCAAAGAAUUGGCGGAACGCGUUCAGCAAGUCGAACACGUACAGAAGCAAGCGCUGCGGCAGUCUGUCGACGGGACUUCUAAUUUUGCUGGUUACGCUGAAGCUUUUUCACCUGACGAAGCCACUACCAGACGCAACUUUUCUUUUCCAGAUCCACGCAGCCCUUUCGCGCCGGCUGAUUUUCAGCGCGACCGAAUUCCUAGUACUGGUGCCUGGGGCAAUGUCGCUCCGAGCUUACGAUCUCGAGACACAGGAAGUCUAGCAAUCGCACCCGAUCAGCCUCUUCCUGAAAGUGUCUCCAGUCAAGAAGCCGUCAAAAUGGUGGCGGAAAGCGUCAAGCCCUUUUGGUCCGAGAUCGACUCACCUCCUCCGCCAAAACGAGCGCGUCUUGACGAUACUUAUGCGAAACUCGAAAAGUUCGACAUCAGUGAAAAACACUUGAACAACUACUACACGCAUGUGCAUCCACACUUUGCGCUUCUUCCGCAAGCCAACUCUGUUAUAGAGUUGGUUUCCAACUCUGUCCCGGCCAUGCAACACGCCUUCGCUCUCUCCAUUGAGCUGUUAGAUAGCAGCCACAAUGAGUCUGCCGUCAAUGGCAACCAGCGUGAUCAGCCGUCUGCGCCCUCUCAUAGACGCGAUCUCCCAACCACAGCUUUCGACACCUUUCAUGAUUUGACAAUAUUCGUGGUAUCUGUGGCGCAGGACGCAGCCUCUAAUACCCUCCCUGACAAUCUUACUUCUCUUUGGACGCUUCUUCUCCUGGCGGCAGCAUGCGACAGUGAUGUUAACCAAAUCACCGGCCCAAAGGCAACGAAAAACGAUCUUCUCGCUUCAAGUCUGCGGGUCAUCCAUCAUCUCAAGCCAAGAGUUACACAUAUCGUCACUGAUGAAAUGGACGCAGACCAAAUCGAUGAGAUUGUGAAACAAGCCUUCAGCUGUCAAUGUUUGAUGUCCAAGUUACAUGAUCUAAGCUCAGGAUCGUACGCCAGACCGCUGACUCCAUUAGAACUGCAAGAUAAGGAGGCCAUGGUAGGACCUGCUGAUACAGCCAAGAUGCCUGCUGAAGCAGGGUUCCUUGCUCAAUCUUCCAACAUCAUUACCAUGGUCACUUGUUUACUUCACCUGGACUCGUACAGCUUUUCAGGAUCACAAGCGAAGCGCAUUCUUACCUUUGGUCUGUUCGAAAACACACUGAAGAGUUCUCCUACGCUCAGUCUCGACUCUCCUUUUGUGCGCCAAGUCAAACUGCUGCUCGAAUUGCUCACAGCACGGUACCCAGAUACUGAGUUCAGUCCCAUGAUCGUCCUCCUGAAGGCUACACAACUCGCCGACUUCCUCACAACCGAGGCUGCGACAUACCCACACUUCAGUCCUUUCGAUAUGCACUGUUGGUCUCUUGCAACCAUCACAUUCUGUGAACUCGCUAUGCAUGCCAAAUCAGACGUGUAUACCAAGCCAGCCCUGGAGAAUAUGCUUCGCUUGAAAUCGGCUCUUCAACAAAAGUCAGAGUUCUUUCAUAAACAAUAUGGCUAUGCAUUCUUCUGGUCUCCGGAAAAGAGUGUCGCAGAUGAAUAUCGAAUGUCUCACUGGGCAGACUGCUUGGUUAACAUGAUCGACGAUGUCACAGCGAGAUCAUCGACAUUGGGAGAAGGCGCGAACGAUGAUACACUAGUCUUGCCAAAUUUCUCUCUGCUGUUGAUGCAGGGUUGGUUCCGUGCACUGUAUCACUACCGAUGGAAGGAUUAGUCGACGCUGCGAUUAUCUGGAAUAUGCCAUGGAUCCAGGCAUGAGGAGUAAUCAGAACUUACAUCGCCAUCACGAGAUGACAGAGGAGAAAUGAAUUACGAAUGGUCAACGACAUGAGGACAGAGCUUGUGGUCCUGGAACUGUGGAGAUGUCUUCUCUACGAGACGCCAGAAGACGAAUAUGUUUGGAGGGGGAGAAUGAUUCGCAAAACGAUAACCCUCCCACUCAGCUUUUGACUCUCGCAGCUACGAGCAGCCACCAGCUUGAACGAAGGGAGUUUGUACACUAAGGCUGAGACUUGCUGGCUGGCCACCUUGAUGUUAGAGUUUAGCGCAGAACAUGAGCUCAAUUGUAUGUAACACUCUCGACCAAGGUCGAUGACAAGAAUCAUGAAAGGCUGCCAGUUCUUCAUCAUCAACGAAAUGCUCCAACCUAGACAUGUAGUGCAGAUCAAAAGUACCCUGUAUUGUUUCCAUGUUCUCCAAAUCU